AUGUAUAUACCAGAGAUGCUGACACAAGUUGUUGAGGACGAUUUAGAGGACGAUUUAGAAGGCGAUCACACACAAUAUCAAGAAGAUUAUGAUCAAGACGAUCUACAAGAUGCCGAAAUACAACCCGAUAUUACACAAGAAGAUUGUUGGACAGUUAUAUCAUCGUUUUUUCAUGAUAAAGGACUUGUUCGCCAACAACUCGAUUCGUUUGACGAAUUUGUGCAAAACACCAUGCAAGAAAUUGUUGAUGAAAAUAAAAAUUUAGUUCUACAAACUUUUUCAGGAAGCCAAACGGGAGAUGGUGAUAAAGCAAAAAGAUUUUAUAUUCGAUUCGGUCAAGUUUAUCUUUCGAAACCUACAAUGACUGAAUCAGAUGGUAGUGUCCAAGCGAUGUUUCCACAAGAAGCACAAGAAGCAUUAUACGCUGAUCCCAGAGCUCCGGAGAACAGGGGAAAGCCAACAUUAGCCGAAAUGUUUGAUGAAAAUAAGUUAAAAGAUGAUCCAAAAGAAGAAACUUAUGAUAAAGUUUUUGUUGGAAAGAUUCCAGUCAUGUUGAAAUCGACAUACUGCGUGCUUCAUGGCUUAGACGAUGAAAGCCUUUAUGCAUUGAACGAAUGUCCGUAUGAUCAGGGUGGUUAUUUCAUCAUCAAUGGAUCCGAAAAAGUAUUAAUCGCUCAAGAAAGGAUGGCAACAAAUACUGUAUAUGUGUUUGCAAAAUCCCCUCCCUCACCUUAUUCCUAUACUGCUGAGAUAAGAAGUGCUAUGGAAAAGGGAUCCAAAUUGGCUAGUUCAUUGGUCGUCAAAAUGUUAGCAAAGACAGCUGAUAAAGGAUCGACCGGACAAUUCAUCCAAGCAACUAUGCCUUACAUUAAGAAAGAUGUACCAGUGGUGAUCGCUUUCCGGGCUCUUGGUGCCGUUUCUGAUCAAGAUUUUCUGCAAUACGUUUGUUAUGAUCCUAACGAUAAUCAAAUGAUGGAAGCAUUAAAACCAUGUAUCGAGGAAGCGUUUGCGGUUCAAAGUACUGAAGUUGCUGCUGAUUGGAUUGGACGUAGAGGAACAACGACAGGCGCUACAAGAGAUAAGCGUAUCAAAUAUGCUAAAGAAAUUCUACAGAAAGAAUUAUUACCUCAUGUCUCAACUGAAUAUGGGUGCGAAAAACGAAAAGCAUUCUUUUUAGGAUAUAUGGUGCACAGACUUUUACUGGCUGCUCUCGGGCGUCGAGAGUUGGAUGAUCGUGAUCAUUAUGGGAAGAAAAGAAUGGAUCUUGCGGGUCCUUUAUUGGCAUCAUUGUUUCGUAUGUUAUUCAAAAAGCUUACAAAAGAUAUCUCGAUAUAUUUAAGAAAGUGCAUCGAUACAAGUAGAGAAUUUAAUCUUCAUUUGGCAAUUAAAGCACAAACAAUUACUAAUGGCCUUAAAUAUUCUCUUGCAACUGGUAAUUGGGGUGAUCAAAAGAAGGCUAUGCAGUCCCGAGCAGGUGUUUCUCAAGUACUAAAUCGAUACACUUUCGCAUCAACACUAUCCCAUUUGAGAAGAUGUAAUACUCCAAUGGGAAGAGAUGGAAAGAUUGCAAAACCUCGCCAGUUGCACAAUACCCAUUGGGGUAUGGUUUGUCCUGCCGAAACCCCUGAAGGACAGGCUUGCGGUUUAGUUAAGAACCUUUCCUUGAUGUCAUAUAUUUCUGUUGGAAGUUCUUCGAAGCCGAUAAUAGACUUCUUGGAAGAAUAUGGCAUGAUAAAUUUGAACCAACAAUUUGAUCCUGCAAAUAUUAGAGACAAUACAAAAGUUUUUGUAAAUGGUAAAUGGGCAGGUAUUUCCGCAGCGCCUGAACAAUUAGCUAAUACACUUAGGGGCUUGAGACGAAGUGUUGAUGUGAGCCCCGAAGUUAGUGUUGUUAGAGACAUUCGUGAAAAAGAACUAAGAAUUUAUACUGAUGCUGGAAGAGUGUGUAGACCUUUAUUCAUUGUAGAAGACCAAUGUUUAAAAAUAAGUAAAGAACUUAUACUUAAUUUGGAUGUUAAUAAGCUUGUAAGUGACAUGUUUGUUUUAUCUCAUUCAGAGUUUGAUAGCAAUGGCACAAAAAGGCGACGAAAUAGACAAGUUUAUGCAUGGCAUGAUUUAAUUUCCAAUGGUGCAAUUGAGUAUAUAGAUGCGGAAGAAGAAGAAACAGUUAUGAUCUGUAUGACCCCAGAAGAUUUAGCGGAGUCAAGGCAUUAUUAUCAAACUGGUAUUCAACGAGCGUCCAAAGCACACGAAAAAGAUGUGGCAGCUCGCGUUAAAAGUGAAACAAAUUUAUAUAUACAUACUUGGACACACUGUGAAAUUCAUCCUAGUAUGAUACUAGGGAUUUGUGCUAGUAUUAUUCCUUUCCCUGAUCAUAAUCAGUCACCGCGUAAUACUUAUCAAUCCGCUAUGGGUAAACAAGCAAUGGGUAUUUACGUAACGAAUUAUCAAUUACGAAUGGACACUUUGGCAAAUAUUUUAUAUUAUCCGCAAAAACCUUUAGUAACAACACGAGCUAUGGAAUUUUUGAGAUUCCGUGAAUUGCCAGCGGGUCAAAAUGCUAUUGUAGCAAUUCUUUGUUAUAGUGGUUAUAAUCAAGAAGAUUCGGUAAUUAUGAAUCAAAGUAGUAUAGAUAGAGGAUUAUUUAGAAGUAUUUUUUAUAGAAGUUAUAUGGAUCAAGAAAAGAAAGUGGGCAUCUUAUCUAUUGAAGAAUUUGAUAAACCGACAAGGGAAACCACCUUACGUCUCAAACAUGGUACAUAUGAAAAGUUAGAGGAGGAUGGUUUAAUUGCGCCCGGUACAAGGGUAUCCGGCGAUGAUAUAAUUAUUGGGAAGGUUACACCUAUUCCAGAGCAUACUAUUGAACUUGGUCAACGAAAAGUUUCCCAUACACAUAGAGAUGCUUCCACACCGAUGCGAAGUACAGAAAAUGGUAUCGUAGAUCAAGUGAUGGUAACAACAAAUGCCGAAGGAAUGAAGUUCGUUAAAGUAAGAGUUCGAAGUACAAGAAUUCCACAGAUGGGUGAUAAAUUCGCUAGUCGACAUGGUCAGAAAGGUACUAUUGGAAUUACAUAUCGACAAGAAGAUAUGCCGUUUACUUCUGAAGGAAUUACACCAGAUCUUAUUAUAAAUCCUCAUGCUAUUCCAAGUCGUAUGACAAUCGGUCAUUUGGUCGAAUGCUUAUUAGGAAAGGUUUCAACACUCACCGGCCAAGAAGGCGAUGCAACGCCGUUCACUGAUGUGACGGUUGAAGCUAUUUCAAACAGCUUGCGACAAAAUGGUUACCAUUCUCGCGGGUUUGAAGUAAUGUAUAAUGGCCAUACAGGACGCAAGUUAGCUGCACAAGUGUUCUUGGGACCAACAUAUUAUCAACGAUUGAAACAUAUGGUGGAUGAUAAAAUUCAUUCUCGUGCCAGAGGUCCAGUGCAAAUUCUUACACGUCAGCCGGUUGAGGGUCGUAGUCGUGACGGUGGGCUACGUUUCGGUGAGAUGGAACGCGAUUGUAUGAUUUCUCAUGGCGUAGCCAUGUUUUUGAAGGAACGAUUGUUUGACGCGUCAGAUGCUUAUCGAAUUCAUUGUUGUGAUAUAUGUGGGCUAAUGGCCAUAGCAAAUCUUAAGAAGAACACUUUUGAAUGUAAAGCUUGUAAAAAUACUACACAGAUAUCACAAAUACAUAUUCCAUACGCUUGUAAAUUGCUAUUUCAGGAGUUAAUGGCUAUGAAUAUUUCGCCCCGAUUGUUUACUUAA